CUGAACUUUAUCAUCAUCAUCAACAUCAUCGAUUCCUUCUGUUUAUCUCGAAUGGUGAGAGAGUCGAUGAAAUCCGAAUAUGAUCUUCAAAUUCCUCAUCAAGGCCAUGGAGCUCCUAGUUCUAGGGUUUCCAUGAACAAGAGCUCUCAUGUAAUAACCAAGAUCAAGCCUAAGAUUCGUAUAAUCCAUAUAUUUGCCCCGGAGAUCAUCAAGACCGACGUCCACAACUUCCGUGCCCUCGUCCAGAGCCUAACCGGGAAACAGGCUGCCGAGGCGGCCAAAGCCGGAAGAAGGAGAGCCAAACCGAAAAACCCGGUUAUCACAAACCAGGCUCCGAACGGUGCUGAUCAUCAUCAGGUCAACAUGGUUGCACGAUUUUCCGGGUUGCUAGCCAACGGUACUGUGAAGGAGGAUUGGUCAUUGGGUGAGUGUUCGAACUCAAACACUUACUUUGAUUUGGAGGGUUUGAUCGAUCUCGAAGAUGAUUUCUCUCCAUUUCCCAUGAAAACUUCUCCCAUGGAUCAUGAUUUCAUGUUCAACUCCACUUCUGAUCAAACAAAGGGUUACUUGCCUUAAUCCGUACAAUCUUUCGGUUCAUAAACAUAAACCGAUCUCAUCUCUCGGGUUAAGUUUUCAUGUUCUCUGGUUUUGUGCAUCGACCGCAUCUAAUCGGUCACGAGUUUCGGUUUGAGGCACGGCAACGACGUACGCUGCCAUGCUUUCUUCAGGACGGUCGAAAACAGGCAUGGAAUGUAUAUACGUACGUCUGAAUUUUCAGUGCCAUUUGAUGGGUACGUACACGAGGGAGAUAGAUUUUUAACUUAGUGGAAUGACUUUUGUCGGUAGAGAGUGUAACGAAGAGUUUUGUGUGCAUGCCCUUAUCGGAGAAUUCACUUAU